GUUAAUGGCAUUCUCCAAUCGACUUUAUAGAGUUUAGUAGUUUCUGACAAUAAACUGCUUAUUGAACUGCAUUGGUCUUCAAAUCAGGGAGUUUUCCAGACAAGCAGGAGGAGAUGAAUUACGAAUUUGGGCGAGAGAGUGGUUUUAUCAACAGCCAGCCGUCGCUCGCAGAGUGCCUGACAUCUCUCUCCAUCCCUGUCGGUGAUGCAUUUCAAAGUUCAUCAAUCAAGAGCGCGGAGCUUUCACAGGCGACACUGAUUCCUCCUCCUUUCGAGCAGACCAUCCCCGGCCUGAACCCGGGCAUCCACUCACCACACAGCCGCUCAAAGCUUCCGCUGCAAGCUGCAUCCUUGCCCCUGGAGUACCCGUGGAUGAAGGAGAAGAAAAGCAUCAAGAGAAAUCAGACUGCAGCUGCUGCUGCGACGGCUGACUCCGCGUCACUCUACUUCUCCCCCCAAGGUUCUCCAGAGGUGCCAGAGGUUCCGGUUGGCGGUGGAGGGGCAUCCCGGAGGUUGAGGACCGCGUACACCAACACCCAACUCCUGGAGCUGGAGAAGGAGUUUCAUUUUAACAAAUACCUGUGCAGACCGAGGCGAGUGGAAAUAGCUGACCUGCUGGAUUUAACAGAAAAGCAGGUGAAAGUGUGGUUUCAGAACAGGAGGAUGAAGCACAAGCGGCAGACCCACUGCAAGGAGAACCGGGACAGUGACGGGAAAUACACGGGUCUGGACGACGGGCCGGAGGAUGAGUUGGAGCUGGCUGCGGACAGCAGCGCGGCCGGGACGCUCCUGGAGAGGGACAGCUACUUCCACCAAAAUACCUUAACGUCACAACAGAGUCAGAACGGCCACAAUGGAGAGAACCAAAGCCCGGCGGUUACGCCUUUGCACAGCAAUGAGAAAAAUCUGAAACAUUUCCCUAACCCGGCACCCACUGUUCCCAUCUGCGUGUCAACAAUAGGCCCGGACAAUGAUCAUUCCCCGGGCCUGGACGUUUCUUUGCAGGAUUUCUACGUUUUCUCAUCCUCCUCCUCUUUCUCACCAAGUUUGUCAGAUUCGGCACAUAGUCCUCUGUCUUUAUCCCCCGAAACAUUUGAUCUUUUCUCAGAAACACUCACAACAAUCGACCUGCAAAACUUGAGCUACUGACAUAUUUCAACAUGCUUUAUUUGAAUUCGGACACUUGUGUGCAGUUUUGGUACUCAGGUUUAGCAUUAAUCUCAUAAAUAAGGUAAGUUAAAGCAAAAACAACACCGCAAGAGGAGAGUUUAUUUUUAUGGAUUCGACUUUAAUUUAGCAGAAUACUUUUCUUGAAAUAAAACUUUAC